AAGAAAAAGGCGGUGCGGUAACUUCGUAUCCCUCAACCACACUUGCGAAGCGAGUUUAGCGUAGCUUGCUUGGUUCCGGCGAACUGGCUCGGAUUGUUGGACUACCCGUAACCCAUCGAGCGAUGUUUUACAAAAGGACUUUCUCUGUUUAUUCGUCAAAAGGUGGAAAGUAAGCGGGCAUCAUGGAAGAGCCUUGGGACUUUGAGUUUGUUUCCCGUGUCGCUGACGGCUGCUUGUCGUUUCUGUCCGAAUUCGUGGAGGACUGGCUCGCCAACGACAUGAGAGUGUCCAUAUUCAAAAUCCUCCUCAGCUGGUUAAUUUUCAGUCUCCUAGCUAUUCACUUCGCAUGGAGGGUUUACGGGAACACGGUGAACGAUAUGUAUUACCGACAGGGGAGCGGGCAGAACGGGGGGACACCCGACACAACGCCUGGCCUGGGCAGAUGGGGGAACACGGCGGGGGAACCAUUCAAGUCUCAUAGGGAUUAGCUGACAUCGAUUUGGAUUACUAGGAACUCCCAGGGACUAUGAAUGCAUCUUCAAAUUCAGAUUUUUGUUUUUUAAAGAGUCACCAGUUCAUUGAAACUGUACAGUUCACUGGAAAAUGAGUGUAAAUACACAAUGGAUUAUAAAUAUUGUGCCUGGUUAUUUUUAUGAGACGCAAUGCCUAGAAUCAAAGUUGGUGUGGAAAAGUUCUCUUCUUUGAGGGAAGAGGGAAAGAAGUCCAGCAGUGAGACUGACCUCGCUUACCUUUUUGUGUCGCAUUUGCCUCCAAAUGUGCAACAAACUCGGUAAUUUAAUACUCUCGCUCUUAUAAAAUUAACUAUUGUAGACAAGGUCAACCAUAGGCCGGAUGUGACCCACGGGCCGAAGAAUGGCCAGGUCUGCCUUAAAAAGCACUCAAUAUUGGACCUUUCCAAUGGCGAUCUUAAGCUCCGCCCCACAUCCCACAAGCUUCCAAAACAGCGACUCGAACACGAGCAGAACAUGUUUGAAGUCGAUUCUCUAUCGCGUAUUCCAAAUAAUAUUGGGGUAUGUUUUCUGCCAAAUGCGCCAGACUUGUCCAAGAGAGUUCUACAGAAAGGCCUCUAC